AGUCUGGAGGAGAGAGCCAUGUCUGAACUGUGCCGCCUUUGCUCUGCUCCUCUCCGCGGUUCUCGGCGAAAGUGGCUGUUUGGCGGCUCUGGGACGCUACCUACGUUAUUCACGCAAGCCCUCGGGACUCUUGUGCAACGCAGCCCACCUGGAACGACUUCCAAAGCUGGUAAAGGCAAGGGCCAGCCUGAAGAUGCAGAGUUCCUGUGCGGAAAAUGCUGCCACACGCUCAAUGUCUACCACCGGUACGACUUGGUGAUGUCUCGAAUGAAAGAGCUCUUUGAACAGAGGUCAACUCGACUUUUAACCGAGCGGGAGAAGCUUUCAUUCACUCUACGCACCAUCCAUGCUAGGGGCUGGGGCCUCCCUCUUCCUGAAUAUCUUGGCCCUAACCAAGAACGCAAUUUGUAUGGGUAUCACGGCUCUUACAAUGAUCUCCGAUCAACUGGCUACAACAGAUCUCGAAAUAAUUCCCUUUCUCCGGGGUACCAGAGUUCAUUCCCCAACUCGCCCUUUCCAGAUCACCCAAGUUCCUUCCAUGGUUCUUUCGGAUCCUUGUCCUCGGGAACCCACUCAAAGUCCUAUCAUGAACUUCUGGACCAAGACCGCUCACGGUGGGCGCAUGAGAGCUGGUGGGAUACUAACUCUGCAGGCUGCUCACGUUGUGUCAAGGGGGAAAAGUGCCAUUCCUGUUCAUCAUGGAGGGUCUCUGAUGCCAACUAUGAGUCUGUCUGCACUGUACCAAGGAGAAAGAAACUGCAUGGAGGAUCAGAUAGUGGCAGCACAGGUCUCCUCAGGAGUAAAUCUCUAGGAAGCUUUGAUGACGCCAGCACCAAGGGGUCCCUGUCUUCAUUGUCAGCCACCUCUUUGGACUCCUUGCGCUUUGUUGGGGAAGAAGAGGCUGACGUCUUUUGGGUAGCCCAUUCACCUUUACCAUCAUCUCCAUCGGCUCCUCUACACUCCCCCAAGCCUGUGGUAGGAGAAGUUCUGAAAAGCUUGAAGGAGAUUAAAUAUAGUCCAGUUAAAACGCCAACGCGAAGCAAAAUACCAGUCAGAGAUCUGCAGCGAGCGAGAGAAGAUUAUGUGGACCAGCAGAUCCAUAAUCACAAGGGACCAGAGGAGCCAGUGGUGGAAGGAGUUGGGGAAGACUGGGAUGCAUUUAUGGAGAUUGGGUCUGAGGCGUGCCGAACACAAGUCUCCGGUUUCCAUCGUAUCCGGGACACCUUGAGUUGGCUUCAGACUCAGCUAAAGGCUGCUCAAAAUGGCGGAACACUUUCCAGUCACCAGGACUACUUAUCGGAACAUCAGGAUUUGGUGCGGGAACUCGUCAGAACUCUGAAGUUUAAAGAAGAACUCUUGGAGGACUGUCUGACCUUGCUGUUGACACUGCCGGUGGCCUGUGAUCAGAACGUGGACCUCAUCACAGAUUUUGUGGAGAAGCUGAGAGUGAGGGAAGAGCAGAUAAAGAAAGAAGGGGAGGAGUUAGCUGAACACAAGCACCAGAGAGAUACAGAAAUUGAACGUUUACAGGAAGAGAUGAAAGCGAGAGAGGAGGACAUAAUGAGGCUGACGAAGGUCCUGCGGGAGAAUCAGGAUACCAUCACGGCUUUGCGUGACCUCCUGGGGGAAAAGGACUUCACCAUCCAGCAUCUGGAGGUGGCACUGGACUCUGCCAUCCGCUCAGCCGCAUCCCAGGACACCCUACGCCUGGCCGCCCUGCGGGAGAAAGACUCCCUGAUCACAGCAGUACAAGGAGCACUGAGCAGCAGCAACCAGGAUGUGGAGGCUCUGGCGGACUCCCUGCUGUCUCAAGGACUGGAUGACCUCAGUGGUUCUCUCCCUGGUCUCUCUGCUCCUAACCCUCUACUAGCCCAGCUACAAGAGAAGGGUCGCCUCCUGUCUCAUGCCCACACGGAGAGCCAGAAGCAGAGCAUCCAGCACCAGCGAGACAUCCAGGAUCUACUGAACGCUCUGAACGAGUGCCAGACACUGCUCCAGGAACAGCUGCGGCACUGUAAGAACCGUCUACAGGAUGCGGCGCAGGAGAAGAAGAUGCUGAAAGAGACUCUACAGACCAAGGAAGCCGAACUGAGAGCCGAGAGACAGCGGCACAACUCUGAUCUGUGCCAGGCCCAGGCUGACCUGCUGCAGCUACAUGGCUCUGCCAGAGAGCGGGACCAGGACACCAAGAAGCUGCUGCUAGAUGCUCACAGUAGGGAUCAGACCAUCAAGAAACUCCAGGAGAGGCUGAUCCUGAGCGGUGUGAUGAGAGACACACUUUAAGGCAGGUUGCGGUUCAUCAAUGCUAUGACCAGUUUACCAGCCACAGCUCGCCUUCCUUUAUGGUUCACAGAGUGGCUUCCUUCCUCGGUAUUGUCUUUCCAAGAGGUGUGCGACUUCUAAGCGGCACCGAGGCCAAGUCUCAUCUUCUAUUGAACUGACUUUACGUUGAAGGUGACUGCCGGAGCUUACACUAAUAAUGCUGAUUUUCUAUGACGUGGGGACAUUAUGGUAUCGGAGGGAGAGGGUAGAUUUAUAGGUAACCUAGUUAGCGGAACAGCUGAUGUUGAUGUCAACAAUGGGAUCAGCAAAUAAGCUUACUACAGCUUGGGAACAGUGGAGGAGAAUACACGUCUUCUCAGGGUGUUUGUCUGUAAUUUGUGUUUUGUCUUGUGUCUGGAAACAGGUGCAAGUUGUCUCUCAUUUCCAUGAUAUUGUGGGCCGAGCCAAGUUUUUUGUGCCUGGGUGUUUUACAGAGCAGUCAGGAAAUGAGUAGUUCUGGCAGUCAGGCCAGAAUCCACUGCCAAAAGGUAACUUGCACCUGUAACCAGAGACAACUUGGCUGCAAGAGGAACCUCCUAUGGGUUUUAAUCAGUGGCAGGAUUUGGCAAACUUUCCCUUCCAGCUGCUGAAGAGGAACAGGCAUGCUGAGACUUUAGAUUCUUCAACAGCUGAUUGGAUGUCUGAUGACCUCGGUAUGGCUGGAUGCUGUAUACUGCAUGUAUAAGGGGUUUUUCUUUGCAGAGGGGGUAAUACUGUUCCCCCUUUUUUAAAUGUAAAUGGAGGUUAUUUAAGAGAAAUGUUUUCUACCAACGAUCAUUGCCUUAGGAAUAAAUAGAAAUAUAUUUUAAUAAUGGUGAUUAUAUAGCAGGGAUUUUUGAAGCUUUUAAUACUUGAAUUAUUCUAUUUUAUUACAACCUGAUCCAUUUACAUUGGGUGCCUUAGAUCAUGUGACUGUGUACCGCCAGGCAGAGGAUUGGGUGAAGUAGCUCUGAUUGGUGAUGUGCUAUAUACCAAGGCAGUGUACUAACCUGCUAUGCCCAGCUGUCGGGAAACUGCCUAUUCUACUGUGCCCUGCCAGGGCAUGCUGGGACUUGUACUUCCCUGGGAGGGUCGUAUCUAUUGUAAUGCAAUUUCACUGUUACAGAAACAGCCCAUAAAGAAGGUGCUUGUUGAUGGGAAAAUAUUACAUAUUAAUUCUGUUUCAUGGCAUGGUAAAUACCUUUUGAGUGGUGAGAUGUACCUCUUUGUAAAGGGGAACGCCAACCCAGAAGAGAAGGAUUAGAAUCACUUUCAGGCUGGGUUCACACCUAAUAUAGAUCACAGAGGGGGUCCGGUGCGUCCUUGUUCUCCAUUUCAGGCCCAAAUAUUUGCCUGAAUUUGAACCUGAAAUGGAGAACAGGGACGCACAGGACUUCUGUGCAAUGCACUCCAUGGCCGCCCCGGAGAGAUGUGACCUGGCUCCAUCGAGAGUCGGGCACAAUCUCCUCGCAUGCAAAUUGGAUGUGGUGAAAACCCACAUCCAAUUCGCAUAAGUGUGAACUCAGGGUAAUGUGUGUCCCCUAGAUGGAAGAGUUCCCCCUCAUUUUCUAUUCCAUUCUCAUCAGGGGUAUAGGCGACAUAAAAAAAAAAAAGUUUAUUGCUGUGUGACCCUACUGCAGAGAUUUAUCCUGUCUUGGUUGCCACUGGGGCAGAAAUCCUCUCCAACAGGGACAUAGGCAGCAAUAAACACCUGGCUGAGUGUCUAAUCUUUCCCUACUCUAGUCACAGCAGUCUGGGAUGUAGUUGCACAUUUUUGUCAGUUAACUUUCAAAGCACCAAUCCAUGUCUUUUAAGCAUUUCCUUACUUUAAUCUGCAGGCCCUUUUUAUAGAGAGCUAUAGAGCUUACUCAGCAGGGGGGGUAUAUGUGACCUCUGCAGAGAGAGCCCUGCUUCCACACACAGAACUGCAGUAUGCUGACAGACUGGCUUUUCUAUACAAACUAAGAUUUUUAUUUUAUUUUCUCCCCACCUUUUGUCUUUAUGCACCUGCAGUGUAUUUAAUCUAAACUGAAGGCUCAGCCGGGCUUUUGUGAUGGAAAUGGACAGUUGUCUUUAUUCAAGACUUGUCUACAGUUUCUCCAAUUCUGUUCAGCUGAUAUAAGCUGCUUAUUGUACCAUUCCUUAUCAACCUCAAGCUGACGGGGGGGGGGGCUAUACAAAUGAUUUUUUAUUUCUUAUGUGCAAUUGAUAUGUUUUUUGCAUUUUUGGUGCACCUUCCAUUUGGGAUGCAUCAAAAAAAUGUACCGAAACAUAAAAUGUAGAAGCGCAAAUGUGUCUUAUAUUCCCCUCUCUUUGUUGGCAACCAAAAUGUUGAGAAUUGUCAGCAAAACACUGAAGUUGGGUUAUAUUACAUUCUGUUACCAUGCUGUGAAAAGUACCUUUUUUUUUUUUU